GCCGUUGCCGUCACUGCUGCAAUCUUAUUGGAUGUUUGAAGAGUCCGUAAUGUGUUUCCUCGAUGUGAAGCGUAGCAAGGUGGCUCCGACAAGCGAAAACACUAGAAAGCAGCUUUAAAUUACAUUAUUUGAAAUGGCAAUAACAGCAGAUCACAUCAAGGAUAAGCUCAUAAAGGAGCUCGCGGCAGUGCACGUGGAUGUGGAGGAUACAUCACCAAACAGAUGUGCUGCCAGCUUCAAAGUCCUGAUAGUGUCGCCUCAGUUUGAGGGCAAACAGCUUCUACAGAGACACAGGAUGGUGAACACGUGUCUCGCCGACGAGCUUAAAGAGAUCCACGCAUUCGAACAGAAGACGCUCACACCUGAACAGUGGGAGAAACAGAAAGCACAAUGACAGACACACACACACAAAUACACACACACACUCUCACACACAGUCACUAGAUUGAACCUCUCUCAUGGAGCAGGCCUCACUAUUCUCUGGAAAGAAAACACUCUCUCUUUAACUCUGUGAAUCAGCAUCUCUGAUAGAAACACAAAUAAUGUUCUGCUAGAAAUAAAGGAAACCUGAUGAUUUAA